AUUCCGGCAACGGACGUCGAAUGGAACGUGCAUUCGAUUUAUAAAGUACGCGGCAAAAAUCUCGUGCGAUCUUCUCCAUACAGUGUGCAUCAGGAGGGUUAGUUUGGUUUCUCAAAACCCCUAAAGGGAAACAAGUGAAGUGCAGUGUUUGGAGAUUUGUCCAAAUGACAGGGAGGAUUUAUUAGAAUAAAAAAAGAGAAUUUUCCGAGCAAACAGGAAACCCUGUGAAAAGCGCGAGAAGGCAAAAAAAAGUUAUUUUUUGGAGACGGAAAUUUCAAUUUAUACCCAGUGUGGCGGAAGUCCCCAACGAGGAAAUUGGUGGGGUGUCCAUCAUUUUCCAUACACCGCAAAACAGUGAGGAUAUUUUUUUGGGGCCGCGCAGGAAAUUGCUUCCGGGCGGUAUAAUGUGCGGCAGGAAUUACAUAAUAAUAGCCAUAGAGGAAAAAUAGUGAAACUGUCCUACCCUCAAAUGUGUGUACAGGGGGUGUGUGUUAUGUAACCUGGAGUGUUUUCCCAUAUAGAAAAGCAAACGGUCAACCUUUGCAGAGUGUGCAUAAACGAUAGAGUUUUGUGGGACACAAAUAGGGAGGAUGGCUUCAGUGUUUGAACUGCGGUGCAAAUGACAUCCUCACCUCGACUAAUUGCACCACGUGAAAGAGUUUAACACUCACAGACACUACUUUAGGUUGGACACAGGGCUAUCGAUUGAGAGUCACUUCAUUAAUUCAAACCACUCUGUUCCUAUAUAACGUUCAAAGUGUUUCGUAACCAUCAAAGGUACAUCAGUGAGUGAGAGAAAGCUCCACACUAUACACCCCCCGUGCUUCCCUUUUCAGGGUGUUUAAGCUUUCCGGACAAUAAUCCUUUUUGCAAAACCACUGCUGCUGCAGCAUCUUCUGCGAACAAACCAUUUUCCUGCAUUAUCAUUCUCACAGAGUGAAAGGAAACAUUUGCGGAAAUAAGUGUUGUAAUAGAGGGAUUAAAAAUUCAAAGGAUUUUGGGGUUUUCUCUUCGUAUAUAAGGCUUCAAAAGCUCAUCCUGAAUUCGCGCCAAAAACUAUAUUAAUAGAGGCGAGAACAAAAGCUCCCACAGUGUAUUUGUGUAGCUCUUCUUUCCUGAAAUAACAGAGCUCACCCUCACAGUGUGUGUGUGUGUUUUAUUAGGGAUUUUGGAGGUAAAGCUUGGGUGUUAAAAAAGGCAAAAUAAGAGGAGGAUUUUUCGUGAGCCUGCAGGAGGAUUUUCCAGUAAACUACUGCAUUGUGUGGCGAGAUAGCGUGGAAAAUAUGGAUUAUAGGUGGAUUUUGCUAACAGCAUUCGCAGCGCUGUGUGUUGUGGCAGGAGAUGAAUCUCUGGAUACGCGAGAGGGCGAAGACGUGACCCUAAAGUGUCGAUUUAAUGAGCAACACUCCACCAAUGAAUUCUCCUACUACUGGGCCCGAUGGACGGUUGGCAAUAAAUACGAAAAUGUGGCCAUUGGCAACAUUCAAUUGAACACCAAUUACAGACUGGAUUUCCGUCCAGAACGAGGAAUUUACGAUUUACUCAUCAAGAACGCCUCAUACGGUCGUGACAAUGGGCGUUUUGAGUGUCGCGUGAAGGCCGUAGGAACGGGAGCUGAUGUUCAUCAGGAGUACUACAAUGUCACGGUACUCACGCCCCCACAACCACCCCAGGUAGCCCCUGGAAAUAUUGCCAUAGCCACGGAAGACAAGAGGCAGGAAUUGACAUGCAGUAGCAUCGGUGGAUCACCAGAUCCAACAAUAACGUGGUACCGCGAAGGAAGUUCACAACCCCUUCAGGCAUCCAUAAAUCGUGGUGGUUCAAAGGAUUUGCAAACCACAAGCACGUUGAUUGUGACACCACGAAGGGAUGACGAUGGGGUCACGUACAGGUGCGUGGUGUGGAAUAGAGCCAUGCCCGAUGGGCAGCGUCUUGAGACAACAGUCACACUCAGCGUCAACUACUACCCACGCGUUGAAGUUGGCCCAGAGAACCCACUGAGAGUAGAACGCGAUUCAACGGCUAAACUCGAAUGCUUCGUGGAUGCAAAACCAAAAGUCAGUACUGUCCGAUGGACACGCAAUGGCCGCUUUAUCAGCUCCUCAAUGACGCAUACGAUACACCGUGUAUCCGUUCAAGAUGCAGGGAAGUAUGCAUGCUCAGCUGACAAUGGUUUAGGGAAGGUGGGUGAGCAGGAGAUGAACCUGGAUGUCCUGUAUCCACCUGUUGUGGUCAUUGAGUCCAAGACAAGAGAAGCCGAAGAAAGGGAAACCGUCAACAUUCGCUGCAACGUAACAUCAAACCCACCUCCAGUUACCAUUGAAUGGCUUAAGGAGGGAAGUCCCGAAUUCAGAUUUAGCGGGGAUAUUCUAACCCUGAGGGAUGUUAAGGCUGAGAAUGCUGGCACCUACAUUUGUCGUGCUGUAAACAUCCUCAUGCCACACGGUGGUAAACGUUUGGAGAGAAUCGGCAAUGCUACUGUUGCUCUUCUUGUUCGUCAUCGUCCUGGCAGGGCAUUCAUUACGCCCAGUAAACCAGUGGUUCACGUUGGUAAUGGUGUUACACUUACAUGCAGCGCCAAUCCUCCUGGUUGGCCUGUUCCGCAGUUCCGCUGGUUCAGGGAUAUUGAGGGAGAAGUCUCACCACAGACAGUUCUAGCCCAAGGAUCUCAGUACGUCAUCCCGCGUGCUCAUCUCGGAAGCGAAGGACGUUACCACUGUCAUGCUGCUAAUGAAUUAGGACACGGUGAUAUGGCUACAAUUGUGCUGGAAGUUCAUCAACCACCACAAUUCUUAGCUAAGCUGCAGCAGCACAUGACAAAGCGUGUUGGUGACUACAACUACAAUGUUACCUGCAGUGCUAAGGGGAAACCACGUCCGGAGAUUAUUUGGUUGAAGAAUGGCAAGGAAAUUACCCCAGAACCCAAUUUGUAUGAAGUCAUCACUGAUCCUGUUGAAGGUCCCAAUGGAAUGGUCACCGUUCACAGUACAUUGAGAUUCCAUGGGAGAUCACGACCUAAUGAGAAUCAACUGAUCCCCGGUGAUCGUGGACUUUACACGUGUUUGUUUGAGAAUGAAGUGAGUACAGCGAACUCCAGUAUGCACCUCCGGAUUGAGCAUGAGCCAAUUGUGCUGCAUCAGUACAAUAAGGUUGCCUACGACAUUAGGGAAACAGCUGAGGUUAUUUGCAAAGUCCAAGCAUACCCUAAACCCGAAUUUCAGUGGCAAUUUGCCAAUAACCCAGCUACGCUAUCAAUGUCCGCCGAUGGGCAUUAUGAGAUCAACACAACAACCGACAACAAUGAUGUUUACACGUCAAUUUUGAAGAUUCACCGGCUUGGGCAUGAGGAUUACGGUGACUACCACUGUCGUGUGGCGAAUUCCCUCGAAACAAUCCGCGUGACAAUUCGCCUUCAGCCCAAGGGGCCUCCAGAGAAGCCAAUUAAUCUGCAAGCAGCUGAUGUUGGACCCAACUAUGCUAGCUUACUUUGGGACCCCGGCUUCGAUGGUGGCCUCAGCAAUACGAAAUUCUUCGUAUCCUACCGCAAAGUUGCAGGGGCAAAUGAUGACCAAGUUAUCGGUGAUUGUGGAAUUGUUUCAAUGAGCACGAGUGAAUGGAUGGAGUUUGAUUGCCAUCGUGACAUCCCCUGCAGUGUUACACCACUAGAGCAGCAUCAAAGCUACGUCUUCAAGGUGAAAGCACUCAACACGAAAGGAAAUUCAGAGUAUUCGAACGAAAUUGCGACAACGACGAAGGUUAGCAAAAUCCCACCACCCCUCCAUGUUACCUUUGACCCCAAUUCCCGCGUCUUGGCCAUCAAUGUGGGUGCCACGUGUCUCUCCGUCAUCGCCAUCGUGGAGUCCGUCGUGAAUGGGGAUACCCUGCAGCCGGCAUGGCAAAUUGUCGACACGAUACCCCUGCAGGUGUCCGGGAAUGCACCAACGUACAAGGAGACAGUGAUUGAGCAUCUCGUUAUACCCAGACGUAGUACAAGUGGACGAUCCCUUGGUGGUGGAUCACCCAACGAUGAUGACCUCCCUCUGGCGCUGAGUGAUGAGCUACAGCCCAAAGUACGCGUGAAGUUGUGCCUGCGCAAGAAUCACGAACACUGCGGUGAAUACACCGAAGCUAAAAUUGGACCAUCAUACAUUGAGCAACAAGCUGCCAUUGCAACUCCCACGCUAAUUGCCAUCAUUGUCUCCUGCGUGGUUUUCGCCCUAUUUGUUGGGCUCCUUCUUAUGUUCUGCCGCUGCAAGAGGAAUCAAUCGAAAAAGAGUGCUGCGGCGAAAGACUACGAAAUGGAUUCAGUACGCCCCUCAAUUGUUGCGCAACAGAAUCAAGCUCCACCACCCUACUACCCUGCCAGUGGACUUGAGAAUAAAGCUCUGGAGCACUCAAUGGAUCUCGCAUUAGCCAUGGAGGAUCAAAAGAAUGCCGUUUAUGCAACACAGAAUGGCUACGGCUACCACCCUAAUGCUGGACUUCAAGUUCCUGGCCACACAAUCCCUGGAAAUGAAUGGGUAAAUAUUGGGUACAUGGACAACAGCUAUUCCAAUUCAAAUAACGGCGGUAGCGUCAACUCCCAGGAUUCCCUCUGGCAGAUGAAGAUGGGCGCAGCAGCAGGGAAUACGGCAAAUCUCGUCCCAUCGCACAACUUUGUCGAACGACAACCAUCCUACGGCUACGAUCCCCUUACGCACGGUGGAUACGGUGCCGUUGAUGACUACGCACCCUACCCACACCUGACGACCACACCGAGCCAGCAUGGCGAUGAUUACCACAAUGUCCGCAACAGCCAGAAUCCGUCGCGGCAGGAGUACUGCAGCGAUCCCUACGCGGCGGUGCACAAGCCAAAGAAGCGACUAGAUCAGCACCUAGAUUCCCCCUAUCACGAUGUGAGUGGCCUCCCAGAUCCAUAUAUGGAGCAAAUGGAGCAGGAGGAUGCGAAACCACCGCCACAGCACAUGUCACUGAGCUACGAUGAGAGCCUCGAGAGUGGCUACUCAACACCCAACUCGAGGAAUCGUCGGGUUAUUCGGGAAAUAAUUGUCUGAGACACGCCAAGGGUGCGUUUUGCGGACGGAACGUGCCUAUAGCGGGUGAUUCGCGACGCCACGCACCCCAACAACACACUCUCGCUGGACUGAAUCACAGAGGGUGCCGUCAAACUUUGGGGGGAGGACGAUUGAGAGGCUUUUUUGCACACUUAAGCUUCCCAAAAAAAAUCGCCGUGGUGUCCGGAUAAAUGAAAAAAAACAGUGAAAAAUCGUUCGCAAAAUUGUGCCCUUAGUGAGUUUAAAAAAAAAACAUUAAAAAGUGAACUCUUGUGAAAUGAGAAAAAAAACUUAACUUUAGGGACAUAUAGUGCUGCAAUUUUGUUGCAUGUGAACAAAAUAUUGUUGGCAACAACUCAAAAAAAUAAAAGAAAGAUAAUUUACUAUUUUUUAAGAAUUUCAUCCCUUAGUUUGUAAGCAAGAAGAAAUUUUAAAGAAAAAAAAUUGAGAGACGAAAUGUGAGAAAGAUGAAAAAAAAAUUGACAUGAUAUUGUACAAAUAUUUCUGCCCGCCGUGAUGGUUUUUUUUUUAAUUGUAAACAACUUAUUUUUUGUAUUUGUUAAACUGAAGGGACUGUUUCCAAAAAUAAAUGGAGCAAAAACAUCCUUUUCACGUGAGAGAGAAAAUUCAAAAGAGAUGAAGAAGAAAGGAAAAUCCAAUGAGCAAUAGUGAUAAGCAUUUAAAAUAAAUUUAAAAGAAAAUCUGUUGAAUCUCUCACGAAAUUGCCAUGAUAUUGAUUUAGAAUGUUUAUUUUAGAUAUUAUUAUUAUUUUUUUUAUAAAAUCUUGUUUUAGUUAUUUUCCAAAGGGAUUUUUUUUAUAUAAAUACCUUUUGGGAAAUUUAUCUAAUUUUUAUUAUAAAUAUAUAUUUUUUAAUAAUUUAGAAAUCCUGUAGCCUAUAUCGAUCUAAAAAAGAAAAACACACAGAAAACGUACUUAGAAAAAAAAAGAAGAAAAAAUGGGAUUUUUCGUUAAGAAAAAAACACCAUUAAGUGUAUUUUGUACAUAGUAAGGUAUAUAGUAUAAAUACUUAAGGAUAAAAAAAGAAGCGAAAUGGGUUUAGAAAAAAAAAUCUGGAAAAGGUGAAGAAAAUCAAUUGGUUUGCUUAGAAGACUUCGUAGAUGUUGUGCUUCUUAAUCUCUUCCCCGCAACUUUGGAACAUUUUCAAAGCUUUUUCUUGUUCAAGAGGCCAAGAACACGCGAAUGUCCUUAAAAGGAUUUUCUUAAGGCCUUCACAAGUCUGGGAAUAAAACCUCGUAAACAAAAUUGGAAUUGAAAUUAAGUAAAUUCCGAGUUUUAUGCUCAAACCUUAAAGCUUCUACAAAGAACAAAAAAAAUCCAAAGUUGCAGAAUAAUUUUCUAAAGAUCUCUCUGUAGCCGUAGUCCAUCGCGAUGUGCUUCAAGAAAGAACUGAUUGAGAGGUCAUUGAUAAAAAAAAGAAUCCAUAAAGCCCCUUUUUGAAUGUUCUUUUCUUUGCUCAACAAAAUACUUUCUUAUCGCUUCUUUCAACCUCCCCCCUGCCGACGACUUUUCUCGCCGAGCCCUCCAUAAAAUUCUCACAAUAUAUGUUCUUUUAUCACAAAUUUCUUCUCUCAAAACACCUUCAUCCAUUUGUUGGGAAAACAAUGAAAACAAGAAGCUUGAGGUAAGAAAAAAAAAUUGUAUACUUGGUGUGUAUUGUUAGGUAAAGAUUAAAGAAAAAAAAGGUGUCUGUGUCUCUUCUCAACUCUUAUACAAAAGGAAUGUAGAUUGAAAAAGAAAAAAAAACGAUGUAUUUAUCAGCAAAGCACAUUCACUAUUAAAAUGCACGCCUUUGUGAUAAAGAUUUUUCUCGGUGGAGGUCGUAAAAGAGGUUUAUCGCGCACUUUUGUCGUAUAACCGAUUUGCUAACAGUUUGAAAAUUAUGUCGGUGACGCAAACCCCUGUGUACACUCAGAGAAAUUCAUGACUCUAGCUCCACUCUAGCAGUGCUCACUUUGAACCUUCCUUCCUCCCCCCAGAGAAGCACGCCUAAAUGCGCCAAAAUGUUUUAUUUUUGUUUUAUUUCUCACUUAAUUGUCUUUCUGUGUUAGAUAUAACUUUCUUAUUAAUUAUUUAAGAGAAAAAAAAGAAGAAAAUUGAUAAUCACAAUGACAUAGUGCCAAAACGCAUUUCACACACAAGCUGUGGGGACUUUUUUUUUAAAAUUAUUAAUAAAUAAAUUUAAAUUAAUUCAUUUCUUGGGUAAAAAAAAUGUAAGAAGUUUGUAGAUUUAUGUGCUCAAAAGAGAAUCAUUUGUAGAUUUUCGAGAUUUUAUAAAAUACAGAAUGUUUUAAGGAAAAUAUCUCUUAAGUGCUUUAAUUAUAAUUUGUUGAUUUAUAAUUUGAAAAAAAAUGUUCUUUUUGUAAAAAUGAAUUGAAUUGAUGGUGAAAAUUAUUAAUUUGUGUGGAAUUUUUUGUUUGAAGCAAAAGAAAGAAUUUUUACUUUGAAAGGAAAAGGAAAUUUAACCUUUUAAGGAUUGAAACUUUACAGCAGUGAUUCAAAGAAGUUUAUUCAUUUUUGAACGAGAAAAUCAUUUCAUUCAAAAAUUUAAUCAGGAUUCGUAAACUUGUGGAGAAUGUUAAGAAAUCGCUAAACACUAUACUCAAUUUUUCAGUGAAAGAAUUCGACAAAGAUUUGUUCCAAAAUUUAAAGAAUGACGUCACCAUUUUGCUUUUUAAGUCUUUGUCAAAAAUAAUCGACGAAGAGAUAAAAAAAAUUAAAUAAUGGCGAUAUUGGGCCUUAUUCUGCGACCAAGAAUCCCUUGAAAUCUUUAAAAUUUGUACUAAAAUUUCAAGAUUUUAAGAAAAUUUCAAGGGUUUCUUGGUCGCUAAAGAAGUUUACAUUUUUUGUUUAAAAAUCAUUGUUAAUCACAGGGAUUGACAAAAAUAUUUUCUUUUCUUUUAAAAUCUUUCAAAAUCAGUUCAAUUUUUUGUGCUAUAAAAAUGUUUUUCAAUUCGGUAUAACACAAAUAAGCAGCGCCUCAUCUUCCAAAAAGUUUAGUCUUUAAUCCUUAGUUUAGUCUUUCUCAAAGCUUAGCGAUUUAUGGCGAUUGAGGACUAAUCAUAAAAGAAAAGCUUUUAUAUUUUGUCUUUAUAUUAGACAAAAAUGAUAAAGAAAUGAAAAUAUUUCCUACAGAAUCAACAGCAAAAAGUUCUUCUUCAUUCUUCUAUAUCUUCUGCUUCAUAACAAAAUAAUGCAAAAAAAUCAAUAAUUUUCUCACCAUGUCUGUAAUCUUCGUAAAAAUAAAAUCUGCGGCGAUUGUACUUACUGAGAAGAAAAAAAAAAGAAAUAAAAGAUCACCAACUGAGCUUAAAAAAUAUAGUUUAUAGGAAAAACAAGAAGAAAACUUGAACUAUUCAUAAAAUUUUCCUUUGUAGCAGAAAAUGCUUCAGUAGAAGAAAAUUUGCUCAAAGAAAAUCCUCCGAGCGGAUUUUUCUUCUGCCCCACUUGAGAACUCCUAAACAAACAAACAACAAGAAAAUGUUAAAUUGUGGCGCUACUGAUGGAACACUGAUGAAUUUCGCGUGGAAAGAGAAAAUAUAUAUUAUUAAAAAUUGUAAUAUAUCAUCAUUCAUAAAGUAAUAUACAUAUAUUUUUUUAUAAAGUGUAUUAAUCUCGCACAAAAGUGUUUUUCUCUUGUUUGUCGACCGAAAAAGUAAAAACAAUAAAAAAAAGAAGAAUUCCAAGAUUUUUAACACACACAUAACAUUAUACAUAUUUAAUGUGAAUUGCACACGCGCUCUUCAACUAAAGAUAUCCAUCAUUUUGCUUUGCCGCAAAGUAAUUUCAGUGUCAAAAAUGAUGGUGAUUUUAUUAGAAGAAGAAAAUCUUUUAUUUUUUUUCAAGCAGAUCUAAAUGUUAAAGAAGAAUCUCUAAUAUAAAUAAAGAAUAAUAAACGAACAGUUUUUUGCAAAAAAUCUUUUUCCGUAAUUUGCAUUUUAUGCCUAUAAUAGUAUGUGGAAAAUUGUUUUUUGUUUUUGUAAAGAAAUCUCUUAUAUAAAAAAAAAAGUCUUACAUCGAUGGAAAUGUUACUGAUUAAAGAAAAAAAAAGUGAAUCUCUACAGAGGAAGAAUAUAUAAAAAAAAGAUAUUUCAAAGUUCCCUAAAAGAAUAAAAAGAAGAAGAAAAAACCUCUUUGAAAUAUCUAAUGUAAUUAAGGAUGGUAUUCACGAUCAUAGUCUAUAUUAAUGAAAAAAAAACUGGAGGGAGAAAGGUGGGAAAGUUGUAGGAUUUGACAUAAAAAAAAUAUUUUUUGUGUAUAGAUAGGUAAUAAAAAAAAUAUCGGUUUUCUCAUAGAAAUAUAACUCAAGAUAUUUCUGUGAUCGACUCUAAAAAAAAGAAGAAAAGAAAAGAAACUUAGCGAUUUAAGCAAAGAAAAGAAGCAUGGAUAUACCUUUGUAUUAAUUCUAAGGUCACGAACAAGCAUUUACUAUUAAAGAGGACAUAGCUAUAUAUAUAAAAAAACUGAUAAAGCUGAAAAGAAAAAAAAAAUAUUUAAUAUUAUCAUUAAAUAUUGUAAAUAUUAUCACGAUGGAGGAUUAAGAGAAAAAAAAUUGAAGAUUUUAUCGAGAUAGUAAAAGAAUUAUAAUUUUAAUUACAAUGUACAGGAAUUUGAGAUAAAUAAAAAGUAUGAUUUAAUUAA